AGCGAGCAAACUGCCUAUAAAAUACCCCUUAUAACGUCCUUGACAGCCACCCAUCUUCACAUAAUCCCAAACAUCUUUCUCUCUACAAUGGCAAAGAAGUUUUGCGGUCUAAUGUUCUCUGUAAUUAUGAUGCUGCAUUUACUAGUAGAGAACCAUGCGAUCGAGACUGAGGCUCCAACCCCACAGCCCCAACAAAAUAGCCAAUUCCCAAAGUAUGGUAUCACCCAAGGCAGCCUUCAACCACAAGAGUGUGGUCCACGUUGCACACAAAGAUGCUCAAAAACAGCGUUCAAGAAGCCAUGCAUGUUCUUCUGUCAAAAGUGCUGUGCCAAGUGCUUGUGUGUCCCUCCCGGAACUUAUGGGAACAAGGAAUUCUGCCCUUGCUACAACAAUUGGAAGACCAAGAGAGGAGGACCCAAAUGCCCUUGAUCCUUUCUUUCUUUCUUUCUUUCCUAAUUGCUUAAUUUGCUACGCUACCUUCUGUAAUAUUUCAUAAAUCCUUCAUCCAAAUAUCUGAACAGAUUGUAUCUAAGAUCGUUGUUAUCAAGAGACUAGAGAUCGAGCAGUGUACUGUAGUUUUAUUUUUUCAAAAAAUAAAAUAACAUCUGGUAUGAUGGCGUUCCAGUAA